UGAGGAGAGAGGGAGGAUUGAAUCAUUGUAGAUAUUUGAUCGAUGUAGGGCUGCGCAGAUGGCAGGGGGAGGCAGAGUCGACAAUGACGUCGUCACGUAGAUAGACGAAAUGGGCGAUCAAAGUUGGACCCUUUCUACGCUGGAGCAAUAUGUAUGUCAUAGCACAGUAGCCAGUUGCUUGGUGGUUCUUUUUUUUUUUCGUAGAGAAUUACAAAGUGGAUGUGGUUGUGGGACUUAGUCGUUUCCCCCUCCAGCUUACUGACCACACAGCCCGCACACGAUGGCGAUAUGGAUAUUCGCCACCAAGUUACUGACAGAUAUGACGUAGCAGAGGGGACAAGAUCCAGAUUUUGGUUUGAAGACAGCUUCAGAGAAAGAAUUAGUAGGCAUUUCGCAAGCGUGUGUGUCUUUUGUGUUAGCAGUCCCGUAUCGUCUCCACAAGAAAUCCACAACCCCCUUUUAGCUCCGUCGUCUAAAAUUUUCAACACCACAGUGUACCCACACGCACGAACGAACGUACACAGUAUGCAAAUGCUGGCAGUAACUAAACCAAAGCCAGUCUACAUCCUCACUCACAAGAAUCCCUUUUACUGAGUAUAAGACAACAACAAAUUCAAAAUCCAUCACGUGCACUACAAUCCCACCCAUCAGCACCCUCAGAUAUCAUGUCAUAUCUCGACUCUC